CAUGAACUGGGUCUCCAAAGAAACCCGGGCGUACAGGUAUAUUUGUUGUUUUUGGGUAAUGAUAUAAGUGUUCAUUCUCUAAAUUACUUGGGAUACCACAUAUGUUCCUAAAAUGGCAACAAGAACGAGGAGGCCAAAUUCCUCGACUACAAGAAGGGCAAUGCUAACACUAGCGGCAUUUCAAAAAGAAACACAACUGGACCAUGAAAAUGCAUUAGAAUCCGCAGAGUGUAUGUGUAAAGGUUAUAAAUUGUUGAAAACAGUGCUUGGAACAGGAGCGUAUGCCAAGGUGAAACUUGGAGAAGUGCUUGAUUGUGGAAAAAGGCGGAUCAAGGACAUCGAUUGGACUGCCAUCGACGGAAAAAUUACGGUAGCUCUCAAAAUCGUUAAUAAGCGAGACAUCCCGAAAGAUUAUUACAUAAAAUUCCUAUCACGUGAACUAGAUGCAAUGCGGUCGAUUCCUCCGCAUAAAAAUAUGGUGAGAAUGUAUGAUUGUUUCGAGACUCCCAGUUUCAUGUACAUGGUGUUAGAAAGAUGCGACGGUGGUGAUCUUCUGACGAACAUCAAUGCCGUGUCAGCAGAAGGACCAUUUAAGGGACUUGGAGAGGCGACUUCAAAGAAGUACUUCAUGCAACUCGCCUCCGCUGUUGCUCAUUGUCACAGACAUGGAUUCGUGCACCGGGAUUUAAAGUGUGAGAAUAUUCUCAUAGAUAAUGAAAAGAAUAUAAAGUUAACGGAUUUUGGAUUUGCGUGUCGUAUAAAAGCAUGGCGGAGCGAUGUAACGGUUGGUGAAUAUAAAGCCCUGCUGAAAACCUGGUGUGGCUCAUACGCAUACGCGUGUCCUGAAAUAAUUCAGAAUCAAAACUAUGACGGUGAACUUGCAGAUGUAUGGAGUAUAGGCGUCGUCCUCUGCGCCAUGUUGAAUGGAAAGUUGCCGUUUGAUGACACCAAAGUGCCGCAAACAAUAGACGACGACAUGAGACUUCAAAGAAUAACCUUUCAAAAACACAUUUCGUUAGAUUGCAUUCGGUUUUGUCGAAAGAUUUUGCAACACAAUCCACGGAAACGACCGAAGGUUUGUGACAUCUUAAAGGAACCUUGGAUUACAGGGAUUCAGCCGCACGUAGGACUUCAGUACAAAUCAAGAUGCUAUAGUUUGACUCCAAAGGUUGAUAUCAGGAGCCACGGGGCUUAUCGUCGAAAAAUGAAAACGCCGCCGCCGCAGAGUUGCUUGAGCCCCCAAAGAAAGCUGACCACAGUUAUCACGAGGCACGAUUUAGCAGAAACAAUCACAAUGAAAUGUCUACAAGAUGGUUCUGACAUACAUAAAACACCAGUUGAAAUGAGAACCGAUAAGAUGAAACCUCACCCACCUUUGACGACUGGUUUGCACAAAAAGUUUGAACACUGUGGUGAAUCUAUCGAAAAAGCAUCUAACAACUCACAUAACCGAUCUAAGAGCAGAAGAUUUUCCAAGUCAGCGCGUGAUACAACUGAAGGGGUCUCAAAACAGCUCGAAACACCCGUGCCUAAUAACCUUAGUACCGCUAAAAAUGAGUUGGGAACCAACGUUUUUAUUUUCGAUCCAGGAAAUUCAAAUAGAAAAUCGAAAACCCCAUCUCAAAUGCAGAAACCAUCAUACGACAAAAAGGAAUCGAAACCAAGAAGUACAUUGACUCAGUGCCUAGAUGAUGUGCACCCUAUUCAACAAAUGAAUAAAGUCCCCAUGGCUACACGUAUGGCGCCCCCUAUUCAUCUUGAUGUCCAUAAAGGUCACACACGCAAGGAGAUGAAUUUGGUCGCCUAUAACGCAUCUGUCAGUACAUGUCCAAUGAAGAUCACAAACGCACUCCCAUUCAGAAAAUGUGGUCGAACUUCACCAAUUAAAAAGAUACAACACAACGAAACCGAACGCUUAGUUUUGUACUCAAACAAAAAAUCACGCUUUUGUUCGCCGUAUCAUCCAGAGAGUGAGCCAAAAUUACAAAAUACGUUCACUGAAAAGAGAUGGUCGAAGAAAAACUUAAUACCAGCAAAGAAUAACGAGCGCAAGAUGUCAAAGAAGGCCCAAAGGUACACUAGUAAGAGUUAUCAUCUUCCAAUUUACAGCGAGCUCACUGUUCAUCAGACACAGUAUAUGAUGCCACCUGUCGAGAAAUAGCCACACUGAAAUUGGGAUGAUUUAUUUAUCAUUGAACAACAAGACAAUGAUCAGUAUUCUACCGAAAAUAUUGGAUAAUAAAUAAUUUAUUAAAUUAAUAAAUAGGACGAUAUUAUUUUGUUCACAUUGUAAAUCCGUCAAAGAUCUUGAAUUUUAGGAAUAAAAUGCCUUUUAAAAGCAAUUGAUUAUAAUAAGUUGGAUUCUGCCCAUAGAUUAUUGACGGUGAGUUCGGUUCACCCAUGAACGUAUAUUAUCACAUUAUACAGAGUGGCUCAAUAAAAAUGUUACAAGUAUAAAAUGUACAUAAAUACUACCAUGGGUACUGGGCUCACAUGGUGUUGCUCAAAUGUGAAUGGUGGCUAGCUAAAAUGGC